CGCCUCGCCUGGCCCUAGUCUCCUGACGCUGUCUCCAAUCCCACCCAGUGCACCUCUCGGUUAACAGCACGGGUUGAGUCGGUUGAACUCUGAUUCCAUCUCCGAAUAACCAUCGCUCAACUCCACCGGAUCAACUCUUGCAAUGGCUACCUCCAACUCGGGCCCAACCCGCCGCUCCGGCAUCGAGUCUCUCAAUCCCAACCACCAACAAUAUGUCCCCAAUCGGACCGCUUCGGCUCAACAAUCCUCUGUAAAGGCACCCUUCCCGUGGAACUUGACUCGAUUUUACGAUCUUGAUGACUCCCCAUGGACACCGCAAGGCCUCAUUUCGGGCAUCCCUACCAACACUCAACAAGGUCAGCAUGUAGCAGGGUCGGGUGGUUUCCCCGGUGCUCCCGCCGCUUUCCAGAACUAUAGGAGCAGGCCCUUGCCAUCGGAGUGCGAUACAGCCAACGAGGAUUCGGGAUACGGUGGAAGCGGUGCCCCUUACAGCAUUGAGGCCACAUCCGUUUAUGAUGAUGACCAGAACCCGGAGACUCAGAAUGCCGCGCAACUCAUCGAGUCAUUCCACCUAGACGUAUCCCCAACUUCGAAUGCCCCGCAGUUUCCCCAAUGGUCACAACCGCGACCAACUCAAAGCGUCGUCACUGCCCCUGCCAGUGAAGACAGCAAGCACUACUGUUCGUCAUGCAAUAUGUGGCUGAAGACAAAGUCAGAGCUCAACAAGCACAGUCUCCGUCACAGCAAGCCCUUCCAUUGCGACGCCCUGGGCUGCAGUCGUACCGAAGGCUUCAGCACCAAGAAUGACCUCGAUAGACACAAGCGGAGCGUUCAUUCAGACCUGUCAGUGUCUGGGCCUAGAUACGUUUGUCCUUUAGGGCAAUGUGGCGCGAAAGACCAGCCUAAGCUUUGGCCGAGGGCAGAUAACUUUCGCUCCCAUCUGCGCCGCAUUCACCAGAAGGAAUGCACUCCUGAAGACGAUCUCGAGGAAUACCUUUAUCAUCAACCCCACAGGCGUGAAGACCUCGAAGGAAUUGGAGGGACCGCCCUCUCAUACAUGAAUACCAAUCAGCCCUCCAACAUUCAACAACCUGUUGGGCACCUGUUUUCGCAAUCGUUCCUAGGAAACCAACCCACCGCUACCAGCUUGAAACGCAGAAUCCCAGAAUUUCAUGAAGCCAUCGACUCCAUCCUUCAGAACUCGACACGUGUGUCUUCUGAAAAGGGCGAACCAUGCCUUUCCCAGGACAGCAAUGAUGACUUCCUACGGCCAAACACUUUGCAUGGAACGGACCAACGCCCGUUGCAUUCCAGUCGAUCAUUUGACAACCACAUGGCGCCAGUCUCGGCUGCUCAUUAUCACUACAGACAUGCAAAUCACGAUGGUGUCCCUGGUGACAUCGAACUUUCCAUGAGUACCGAUGAUGAGUCUGGAGCCCUUGACAAUGUCAUGGAGUCUGCCGAGCAUGAUGAUGUACCAAGCAACACUUGCGGGCCAGAUGUCACCCAUCCCAAAGGCCCACGGAUGGUCCAGCUCGAGCCAGAGCGAUCUGACAUCAAGAUGACAGGCGCAGAGCAAGAUAAAUCGAGCUCUGCACCUCGUGUUUCAUCUGACAUUGCUCCUUUCGAUUUCCCCGGAGUGUUCAAGGGUCCCGGUCUGGUAGAGUAUCUCAAAACCCUACCCAAGGAACUCCUCAAGAGCGUCCUGGAUGGCGAUAUGGACGACAUCAAAGCAGUGAGUCCACCGCCAGACUCUGUGGGCCAGAAGUCUGCAAAUCCCUGCACAGAAUGUAACAAGACAUUCGCCCGGCCAUGCGAACUCAAGAAGCACAUGAAGCGGCACGAGAAGCCCUAUGGAUGCACAUUUUUUAAUUGUAACAAGGCUUUCGGCAGCAAAAAUGACUGGAAGAGGCACGAAAGUAGCCAGCACUGGCAGCUUGAGUCCUGGAAGUGCGGAGACAAUAAGAUGGGCCAGACACAACCAUGUGACAAGGUCUGCCACCGGAGGGAAAGCUUCAAGAACCAUCUUAACAAGGAACACAUGAUGGUCGACCCCAAGAAGAUCGAGCAGAGACUCGAAAGCUGUCGCAUUGGGCGACAUUGCGAUGAUCGCUUCUGGUGUGGUUUCUGUUCGAAAGUCAUAGAAAUCAGAGGCGAAGGGGUUAACGCCUGGACGAAACGAUGUGACCACAUCGACAAUCACUUUUCUGGGCGUGAUGGGAACCCAAAGAUGAACAUCCGCCAAUGGGUAUAUGUUGAAAACCAGGACCACAACCGCGAAAAUGGUGGGUGCGAGUCAAACACGCAGCCCUCAAGUCCUGACUCCGACACGAGCUCUACCCUAAAGCGCAAGUUGAGUACUGAGGCAGAGCUUGCGACCCACAAGAAACCCCGGCAAGGGGUGGUGGUAUACAUGUGGACUUGCGUAAGUAGACCAGUAUUUCCCGGCUCUGGAUUCGACUAACAUAGACCAGUGUGAGUGCAAGACCGACAUGAAUGUGAAGGUUUCGGCGUCGUGUCUCACUUGUGAGCAUCAGAGAUGCCAGGCAAACUGCUCCGUCACGCGGGUUAUACAUCAACAUGAAGAUGACAAGGUAGACACGGAGUAAGAAUGACUGAUUAAUGCGGGUAUAACAUAAAAGGUGGAAUAAUGACGGGCUUGGUUUUGGAUCACGGCAACGCACUUGUACUUCAUUUAGGAUACCCAUAGUAGCGGUGUUUAGCGGUUCGGGGGACGGAACAUGGGGAAAAUUCAUGAACAAUCUUCGCUUUCGGCAUGACCGUUGUC